CAUGCGCAGAGGCAGCGCUCACCCGUUGCUGCUCCCUGGCGCUGCGGGGCCGGGCGGAGCAGGAGGGUCUGUGCCGGGGAGACCCAUUAACCCCCCCGUGCCCGGCCCGCGCCCUGCUCCCGCUGGGGCCGCCCCGGGCUCUGCCCGCCCCGCUGCGGCGCUGCAGCCUCCAGGCUAUAGAAUAACGUCCACGUUUUGCUCCAGAUCAUCCCAUCCUCCCAGGGGAAGGAAAUGGCUGCACUGGAGCUGGCUCAGGGGCCGGUGACUUUCGAGGAAGUGGCUGUGUAUUUCACCAGGGAAGAGGGGGCUCUCCUGGACCCCACUCAGAGAGCCCUCUACAGGGAUGUCAUGCAGGAGAACUAUGGGAUGGUGUUAUUGCUGGGGUUUCCAGUUUCCAAACCUGAUAUGAUCUCGCAGCUGGAACGAGGGGAAGAGCCAUGGGUCCCAGACCUCCAGGGCUCUGAGAAAGAAGUGAUCCCGAGAGCUGUCUGCACAGGGAGUGACCUAUGUCUGGAUUCUCUCUGUCUCCCACAAUGUGAUGGGAUGGUGAGUGAGAAUGAGGAGGAGAAACCCCAGCAGGAAGAUGCUGAGCAAGUAGAACCACAUGGGACGUUAUCAGGAAGAUCCAAAGGGAAUGUUUCCAGGAGUUCUGCACUCCCAGAAAAAGCAAAAGCCUGUGAGACUCAGCAGAGGCCAGAGGAAAACUUCAGUUGCCACUCAGACCUUAUUAAAUGCGACAGAAUCAACUUGGAAGAGAUACGUUACACAUGCCAUGAGUGUGGGAAAAGCUUCAAUGAGAGCUCAGACCUUUUCACACAUCAGAGAAUCCACAGAAGAGAGAGACCCUACAUGUGCUCUGAGUGUGGGAAAAGCUUCAGUCGGAGCUCUGCCCUUAUCACACAUUGGAGAACCCACACUGGAGAGAAACCCUACACGUGCUCUGAGUGUGGGAAAAGCUUCAAUCGAAGCUCUGCCCUUAUUACACAUAGGAGAAUCCACACGGGUGAGAAACCUUAUGGAUGCUCUGAGUGUGGGAAACGCUUCAAUCGGAGCUCACACCUUAUCACACAUCAAACAAUCCACACGGGUGAGAAACCUUAUGGAUGCUCUGAGUGUGGGAAACGUUUCAUUGAUAGUUCAACCCUCAUCUCACAUCAGCGAAUCCACACAGGAGAGAAGCCCUACACAUGCUCUGAGUGUGGGAAAAGCUUUAGUCGGCAUUCACACCUUAUCACACAUCGUAGAAUCCACACAGGAGAGACGCCCUACACAUGCUCUGAGUGUGGGAAAAGCUUUAAUCAGCACUCACACCUUAUCACACAUCGUAGAAUCCACACAGGAGAGAGAGCCUACACGUGCUCUGAGUGCAGGAAAAGCUUCAAUCGAAGCUCUGCCCUUAUCACACAUUGGAGAACCCACACUGGAGAGAAACCCUACACGUGCUCUGAGUGUGGGAAAAGCUUCAAUCGGAGCUCUGCCCUUAUCACACAUUGGAGAACCCACACUGGAGAGAAACCCUACACGUGCUCUGAGUGUGGGAAAAGCUUCAAUCGAAGCUCUGCCCUUAUUACACAUAGGAGAAUCCACACGGGUGAGAAACCUUAUGGAUGCUCUGAGUGUGGGAAACGCUUCAAUCGGAGCUCACACCUUAUCACACAUCAAACAAUCCACACGGGUGAGAAACCUUAUGGAUGCUCUGAGUGUGGGAAACGUUUCAUUGAUAGUUCAUCCCUCAUCUCACAUCAGCGAAUCCACACAGGAGACACCCUUACGUGCUCUGAGUGUGGGAAAGGUUUUAGUCAGCACUCACACCUUAUCAGACAUCGUAGAAUCCACACAAAAGAGAAAUCCUACAUGUGCUCUGAGUGCGGGAAAUGCUUCAAUCGGCGCUCACAGCUUAUCACACAUCAGAGAAUCCACACAGGAGAGAUGCCCUAUGCAUGCUCUGAAUGUGGGAAAAGCUUUAAUCAGAGCGGAAAUCUUACAUCACAUCGAAGAAUCCACACAGGAGAGACACCGUACACAUGCUCUGAGUGUUGGAGACACUUCAAUCAGAGCUCAAACCUUAUUAGACAUCAGAAAAUCCACAUGAGAGAGAACUGUAAUAAAUGCCUUGACUAGGGCUGGCCAAAGAUUUUUUUUUU